UUUAAAUAGAGAGAGAACAUUCCACUGAACCAAACAUUGGAUUUGAGCGCACGUUUCCGAAUCAACAGAGACUGUUUCGGCAUUAAGCACCAACAAUGGAGAAAGGGGAAGCCUCUGGCUCCAGUUCUUCCAGUGACGACGUCUGGGCUAAACUAGUGCCAUUGAACUCGAGUUAUCCGGAUAUAGAAUUGAGAUUGAAUGAGGAGACAAUUUGCUCAGACAUAAAAACCCCUCCAUGUGAAAAGCAAGUAUGGUGCCAGAUAACUAGGGAGAAGGAUCAUAACUCUGCCUUAAUGAAGAAUAAGUGGUUACCUAGAAUCGUGUACCUAUGCUUCCUUUCUUGCUGUUGUCCUUUUGCAAUGCUUCUUAGCAGAAUCGACCUUACAGCUAAUCUAUUUGUCAAAGAAGAUGAUACGAGCCCCAUUAGAUGUGGCAGCGAAAUGAUUCUGGGUUCUGUGGCCGAUGGGUUCUUGAGGUAUGUGUUCAAAGUAAUGCCUGCAAAAGAAAUUUGCAAGAAACAGCUGAAGAUAACUCUAGAUCCCGAGCACGCCAAGUGUUCAAUAUGCCUAAAUGUUUGGCAUGAUGUAGUAACUGCCGCACCAUGUCUCCACAAUUUCUGGCUUCUCGUAUUCAGCAAUGGGUGCUUUUCAGAGUGGCUAAAAAGGAGUCAAGAAAGACGUGCUAGUGUUAUAUGUCCUCAAUGCAGAUCAGUUGUGCAAUUUGUUGGACGAAACCAUUUUUUGCACAGUAUAGAAGAGGAUAUAUUGCAAGCCGAUUCUUCUCUAAGGCGUUCGGAUGAAGAGCUUGUACUUUUGGAUUCCUGUUCAACAAUUAAGUCACCCCUCGUUGUUAGCCGUGGAAAAAAUAUGAGUCACAAGCGGGCCCGUGCUCAAUCUGCCGAGGGGAGUGGAAGGGAUUUAUCAUGUCCUCAGUGUGAUAGAGAAUAUGGUGGUUUUCAGUGCAAUGAAAGAACAGUUCAUCUUCAAUGUCAAGCAUGCUCUGGCAUGAUGCCUUCCAGAUCAAAUGCUCCUGUGCCACAGCACUGUUUAGGAUGUGACCGAGCAUUUUGUGGUGCCUACUGGCAUGCUAUGGGGGCUGCUGGUUCUGAUGCUUAUCCAGUAUGCAAUCAAGAAACUCUAAAGCCUAUUGCUGCCCAUUCUCUCACUAGAUUACCAUUUUUAGCACAUGAAAAGAAUCGUCAUGAACAAGAUAUAACAGAGAAAUGUAUCAGGCAGAUGGGAAGACCAUUGCAGGAUGUGAUUUCAGAAUGGAUAAGAAAAAUGAGUAACCGGGAAGUAGACAGGACGAGGCUUCUGUUGAAUCACUCCGAAACGAUUACUUCUCAGACCUAUGUUUGCGGCGAGUGCUAUGACAAAUUGGUCUCAUUUCUAUUAUACUGGUUCCGGAUCACAUUGCCAAAACAUUGUCUACCCCAAGAAGCACAGCAACGCGAAGACUGCUGGUAUGGAUAUGCAUGUCGGACACAGCACCAUAACGAGGAGCAUGCUCGUAAGAGAAACCAUGUAUGUCGUCCUUCUAGGGGUGCUCGUACGCCUUGAUAUACGUUUCGCUAUCACUUUUGGUGCCAAUACAUUUUUUUGUCAUGACAAAAUUAAAGGACAAGUGAUUGCUUUAUUUCAAAAUUGUAAUUGCUUUAUUUCAAAAUUGUAAUUGCUUCUUCA